AUGAGUCAAACUAAAGACUUUUUAUCAACACCAAAACAUUCUCAAGAAGUUUUUCAAGAAGAAGAGCAAGGAAUUGAAGAAGAUUACGAAGAAGAUUAUGAGGAAUCUAUUGAUUCUUCAAAAUAUCCAUACAUUCAUAAAAUAGCCAUUCCACCAUUAGACUAUUCCGGUGAGCUUGCUGUUGCUCUGUUAAUUCUCAAAUGGGUUCCAGAAUAUCGAAAUUUUCAAGUACUUCGAACAGAUGACAAAGAAAUUUAUGAACAAUGUGGUUUUCAAUUUAACAUUACUGAUGAAUAUGACCCUAAGAGACAUAUUUAUUCAAAACAAUCAAAUUUAUCAUUUCCAGAUUACCCUGAUACGCUUACAAUUGCCGGACUUAUAUAUCAUGAAUUUGGUGGAAGAGCAAUUGCGAAUCAUUACAACCUUCCUGGAUUCGAAUUUCAAGAAGAUUUCGACUUUUUAAUCCAAAAACUUUACAAAACUAUGAUUUUACCUCUUGACACAAAGCAAGACUGCGACAUUUCUCGAUUGGCAUCUACUCUAGAUCCUUCAGAUGAUCCAGAUCCAGUAGUUAAACAAGAAGUUCUUGAAUCUCUUAUGAAUUUGAUUGAAGAGCAAUUCAACCAAAGAGUCAGUUGGAUCACUAAGACAAUGAUUCCAGAUAGAUCAUAUAUUCGCCGUGCAAUGGAAGAUAGAAAGAGAUAUUACCAAACUGGAGAGAUUUUGUGCUUAAAUCGAUUCGUUCCUGUUCAUCAAUACCAUGAUAUCAUUGAUCCCGAUGAAACAAAGAAGCAAUCCAUUAAAUUCGUAGUUGUCAAUCGUGGAAAUGCUGGUGCAAACUCAGGUCCAGCGAAUGUAUUGGCUUUCUCAUGGAGAAAUAACUACAGAAGGCUCGGAUUAAGAGGAAAAUCAGGAGAACAAUUAACUGGACUUUUGCAAAAUAUUACAGGAACAGGAUGGGUCCAUCCAAACGGAUCCUGCGCCGAAUGGAACAACUUCGCAAAUGCACUCGAAUAUACCAAACAAAUUCUGAAAACAGACAAAGUUUAA